AGAAGCUGUGCCGAUGACCGUUAUGUACAGUAUGAAUCGAAUUCGUGUUAGCGUGCUCCGUUAUGUCCAUUCACCCAAAGUGGUAAUAAUAGACUUGGCCUUCGCCUUUAUGAUGAGUGCAUAGAUGCAAACCUCAUUUCGGGAAGACGCGUUGAGAGGCUUCAACUUAAAGAAUAUGGAGAUGAUCAGAUGUUCAACGUCUUUAUUCGAUGUAGCCUCGGAGAAUAACUUGGUUUCUUUGGUUUGUCAUUGUAGCCUUCUGCUGUUUCUUUUUGGAUUAAUUUUUGCUUUCUGGAACAUCUUGAUUUGCUUUUACUUUUUAUAACAUACACUGAAGUCUGCUGUCUUGGUUGUUUCCUUUAGCUGAGAAACAACAGAUGUUACAGAUUUAUGCAUGGAUGAAACUGCUGUUUGCUGUGAUUUGUCAAUGCUUUGUUGCUGGAUGAGAAGGUUGUCAAGGAUUGAGUCAAAUGCACUCAUCCGAACUUCUACUGGCUGUCUUGUUCUGUGCAACUUGUGUUUGCAUACCGUGCAUUAUUGAGAUAUUAGUUUCAUUAAAAUAGUCAUUUAGCAUUGAACUGGAGAAAUAGUGACAGGUGUGUCGGUCGAGUUUACAGUUUUGUACAUUGCGUAGCCAACUCCCAUCUGACAGCAUGGUUCGCUUAUCAUUGAGGAUUAAUUGUAUAAACCUUUGCCUAGACCCUUUGCUCCUUCAAUUGUGCUGCGACCAGCCUAGUGUUGAGUAUCCUAAAGAAUACACCCUAAAAAAUAAAGUGUAUUGGAGGAGGGUUUUGCAGACUAGUGUUUUAAAAGCAUUCUUUAAUACAAAAGUGGGAGGUUAAAAACAGUAUCCCGAUUUGAUUUAUCUAAUUAUACCCGAAGACAAAAGGAAGAUUAAAUUAUCCAGCGAAGUAUUUAUUUUGAUGAUAUUGAUAAGAGGCAGAGCAAAGUCAGUUGCAGCAGAAAAGGAGUAAAAAAAAUUAUGCCUGACGCUCUUCAAUUUCCCAUCAUUGACUUGUCAUUCCCAGAUCGCUUCUCAAUCGCCAACUUGAUCCGUCAGGGAUGCGUUGACCACGGUUUCUUUUACCUUGUAAAUCACGGGGUUGAUGAAGAAUUGAUUAGCAAAGUUUUUGAGCAGAGUAGUAACUUCUUUUCACUCCCCAUUGAAGAGAAGAUGAAGUUGGUGAGAAAGAAUCACAGAGGUUAUACGGCACUUUAUGCUGAAAAGCUUGAUACUACUUUAACUACCGAAGGUGACUCUAAAGAAAGUUUCUAUAUCGGUCCACUAGCUGAUGACCUCAAUCAAUGGCCUUUAGAAGAAGAUCUGCCAUCGUGGAGAAGCACAAUGGAGACUUAUCACCAAAAGCUGCUGUCUGCUGUGACUAAAUUACUUUCUUUAAUAGCCCUGUCCCUAAAAUUAGAAGAAGAUUUCUUUGAAAAAGUGGGUGCACUUAUUGAACCUUUGGCAUUUAUUCGUUUAUUACAUUAUCCAGACUUGAACUCUUCAAGUGAAGAAAUAUUUGGUGCUUCUGCUCAUUCAGAUUAUGGAAUGGUCACUCUUCUGGUCACAGAUGGUGUUCCAGGGCUUCAGAUUUGCAGGGAGAAAUCCAAGCAGCCACAAGUUUGGGAGGAUGUACCAAGCAUGAGUGGGGCAUUCAUUGUUAACAUCGGGGACAUGAUGGAGAGGUGGACCAAUGGUUUGUUUAGGUCGACACUGCAUAGAGUGCUUCAACCUAGACAAGACCGCUACUCCGUAACGAUUCACCCUUUCCUGUUUACUUGUAGUGUCAUUUCUUGUGUCAUCUGUUCAUGGGGCCGAAAGAUUGAAAUGUUGCAUUCUUUACAAAUCCUAGCAAAGACUGUACUGUGGAAUGUUUGGAAAGCUGUUGCACUGAGUCUUGUCCACUAAGAUUCCCACCCAUAAAAGCCAUAGACUACCUGGAAGAGCGUCUUAGGCUUACAUAUGGCUUGUAGUUGAAGUUAUGCAUCAUAUUUUACAGAUUAUAUUCCAAGUUCCUUUCUGCUAAUAAAUUGCAAACAUUGUGAUCUGUACUUUCGCAGCUACAGAUAACUGCAGACCUCUGCAAAGAUACUGUAAUGUAAUCAGCAGACAGAUGACAUUGAAAAAUAGUAGAAACAGAACCAGAAUAUAUGUAGUAUCUAGUAUGCUUGUUUUAUGUGUACUUUUUUGUAUCAAGUUCAUUGCAAUUUGAGUUGAGUUACGUAUGAAUGGUAAAAGGGGAUCUGAUUCUAAGAA